CUGAUCGGAUCGGUUGUAAGCCCGGAAAAAUGGUGAGCAAAAUAGUGAUCGUUGCCCUAGUGGCUCUGGCCGCUUUCGUUUUGGCCGAAGAAGUGAAGAAACCCGUUCGAAUUGCUCCGAUUGUGGACAAAAUGUUGAAAUCCUACAAGCCACCGGGUGUUCCGGAAGGUUACAAUUCCACAAAUCCGCACACCAUCGGAUACAUGCACCGCACCCGGGUCGAUCAUUUCAAUCCCCAAAGGCGGGAAACUUUCGAGUUCCAGUACUUCUCCAACGAUGAGUUCUAUCGACCGGGAGGACCCAUCUUCAUCUUCGUGGGAGGACCGUGGCCAAUUGAACAGUACUAUAUCGAACAUGGUCACUUCCACGAUAUUGCCUUCUACGAGGGUGCCUGGAUGUUCACCAACGAACAUCGCUAUUAUGGACGCAGCUUCCCGACCGCUGACCUUACCGCCGAAAACAUGAGCUUCUUGACGGUCGAGCAGGCGAUGGUUGAUCUGGCUGAGUGGAUUUGGCAUCUGAAGACGAACGUCGUUCGCGAUGGUAACGCUAAGGUCAUCCUGCUGGGAACGGGUUAUGCUGGAGCAAUGGCUGCCUGGGCUCGUCAACGGUAUCCUCACUUGGUCGAUGGUGUUUGGUCCUCCAGUGGCCAGAUGGAAGCCCGACUCAACUUCAAAGAAUACGCCUACGAAAUCGGUGAGCUUAUCCGUGAUCAUGGUUCCGAUGAUUGCUAUAGCCGUAUCUGGCGUGGAUUCCGUACUGCUGAAGCUUUGAUGCUGGCCGGUUUCACCAAUGUCGUUACCGAUAUGUUCAAUACCUGCGAACCCGUGGACAACGAAUACUAUCUGGAUGUUGAAACUUUCUUCUACAAUAUCAAGGAAGGAAUCCAAACAGCCAUUUUGCAACCUCAAACAACCGAUGGCGCAGAAAAUGUGUGCGAUGAACUCAUCGAUAGUGAGCUGAGAACAGAUCUGGAAGUUCUUGCUCACUGGAUUCAGGAGCGAUACUAUUUCCUGGAUUGCAUGCCGUUCGACUUCCACGCUACUGUUGAAGCUCACACUAACACCGAGAAUCAUGCCUUCGAGAACUCCAUUUUGGGUCUCCGUCAGCGUGUCUACCAGUUCUGUACCGAAUUCGGAUGGUUCCUCACCGCUGACAACGCCGAUCAGCCUUUCGGCUAUAUGGUGACCAUGAACUUCUUCCUAAACUUCUGCCGCGAACUCUACGGUGAUUGGCUCGAUAGCUCGGUUGUAGCUGAUGGAGUUCAACUGACGAAUGUCCACUUUGGAGCCCAGAAUCCUGCAAUCACCAACGUUUUCUUCACCAACGGAGAAUUCGACCCGAUCCGAGACAUCGGUAUCACCAACUACUACGCGGAGGAUGCCGCUGCCGUGGUCAUCGAAGGGUACUUCAACAGUGCCGAUCUGAACUCGAUCUCCGGCUACAACAGUCCAGCACUAUUGGAGGUCAAGCAUCGUGUGCAUUUGUACAUUAUGGAAUGGUUGUACUCGGGAAUCGUUCCCAUCACGGAGGAGAAAGAGCAGGCUUAAGUGCUGUUUGAUGACUUAUCUUAGAAUAACAUAC